GGCCCUUCCCCCAGCCGUCGGCUUCUCGCCCUGCGCCCCGGCCGGGGCCCCACACACAAUGGACGAGCUCGCCGGAGGCGGUGGUGGAGGCCAGGGGAUGGCAGCCCCUCCAAGGCAGCAGCAGGGACCUGGGGGGAACAUGAGCCCUUCGCCAGGGGGAAAUGGAGCGGCGGGCGGUGGGGGUCCUCCAGCCGCCGAGGGUGCGGGCUCCGCGGCAGGCCCGGAGCUGUCCCGGCCACAGCAGUACACUAUUCCGGGGAUCCUGCACUACAUCCAGCACGAGUGGGCUCGGUUCGAGAUGGAGCGGGCGCACUGGGAGGUGGAGCGGGCCGAACUGCAGGCCCGGAUAGCAUUUUUGCAAGGAGAAAGAAAAGGUCAAGAAAACUUGAAGAAGGAUUUAGUAAGAAGAAUAAAGAUGUUAGAGUAUGCAUUAAAACAAGAAAGGGCAAAAUAUCACAAAUUAAAAUAUGGCACAGAACUGAACCAAGGUGAUUUGAAAAUGCCAACCUUUGAAUCAGAAGAAACCAAAGACACAGAAGCUCCCACAGCACCUCAGAAUAGCCAGUUAACGUGGAAGCAAGGCAGACAGCUGUUAAGACAAUAUCUUCAGGAAGUAGGUUACACAGAUACAAUAUUAGAUGUACGGUCUCAGCGGGUAAGGUCAUUACUUGGACUAUCCAAUUCAGAACCAAAUGGAUCAGUAGAAACAAAGAACUUAGAACAGAUCCUGAAUGGAGGUGAAUCUCCUAAGCAAAAAGGACAAGAAAUCAAAAGGCCCUCUGGUGAUGUUCUUGAGACAUUCAAUUUUUUAGAAAAUGCUGAUGACAGUGAUGAAGAAGAGGAAAAUGACAUGAUUGAAGGUAUCCCAGAAGGAAAAGAUAAACAUCGGAUGAAUAAACACAAAAUAGGUAAUGAAGGUUUAGCUGCUGACCUAACUGAUGAUCCUGAUACUGAGGAAGCACUGAAAGAAUUUGAUUUUUUAGUGACAGCUGAAGAUGGUGAAGGAGCUGGAGAAGCACGGAGUUCAGGGGAUGGCACAGAAUGGGAUAAAGAUGACCUCUCCCCACCUACUGAGGUUUGGGAUGUAGACCAGGGAUUAAUAAGUAAACUGAAGGAACAGUACAAGAAGGAACGAAAGGGGAAGAAAGGGGUGAAGAGGUUCAACAGGACAAAACUCUAUGACAUGAUAACUGAUCUGAGAGAUAAAUUGUUCCUCAUCCCUUCAGGACUUUUUAAUCAGUCAAGGUCAGCCUUUACUGGAAUGACUGAUUAUAAAGGUGCAAGAGCAGAGGAGGAUACAAAAUAUAGCUACUCUGAACCAAUAACGUUUCCAUCUGGAGGAGGCAAGUCAUUUAUUAUGGGUUCUGAUGAUGUUUUGUUAAGUGUACUGGGCCUUGGAGACCUUGCAGACUUGACGGUAACAAAUGAUGCAGACUAUAGUUAUGAUUUGCCUGCCAAUAAAGAUGCCUUUCGAAAGACAUGGAACCCCAAGUAUACACUACGUAGCCAUUUCGAUGGAGUACGGGCAUUAGCUUUUCAUCCUGUAGAACCUGUGCUGGUUACUGCCUCUGAGGACCAUACUCUGAAACUUUGGAACUUGCAAAAAACAGUUCCUGCCAAAAAGAGUGCCUCUUUAGAUGUAGAGCCUAUCUACACAUUUAGGGCCCACAUUGGUCCUGUUCUAUCAUUAGCUAUUAGUUCUAAUGGAGAACAGUGUUUUAGUGGUGGUAUUGAUGCAACCAUCCAGUGGUGGAAUAUGCCUAGCCCUAAUGUGGAUCCAUAUGAUACCUAUGAGCCAAAUGUUCUAGCUGGCACUUUAGUUGCACAUACAGAUGCUGUCUGGGGUCUUGCUUAUAGUGGCAUAAAAAAUCAAUUACUGUCUUGUUCAGCAGAUGGCACUGUUAGGUUAUGGAAUCCACAAGAAAAAUUGCCAUGUAUUUGCACUUACAAUGGAGACAAGGAGCAUGGAAUACCUACAUCGGUUGACUUUAUAGGCUGUGAUCCAGCUCAUAUGGUGACCUCUUUCAACACUGGUAGUACAAUAAUUUAUGAUUUAGAAACAUCACAGUCAUUGGUGAUGCUUUCAUCACAGAUAGAUUCUGGUUUACAAUCCAGUAAUCACAUUAACAGAGUAGUAAGUCAUCCCACACUUCCUGUUACAAUAACUGCUCAUGAAGAUAGACACAUCAAAUUUUUUGACAAUAAAACGGGUAAAAUGAUCCAUUCUAUGGUAGCUCAUUUGGAUGCUGUUACAAGUCUAGCAGUAGAUCCUAAUGGAAUCUACCUGAUGUCUGGAAGCCAUGACUGUUCUAUUAGAUUGUGGAAUUUGGACAGCAAGACAUGUGUGCAAGAAAUAACAGCACAUAGGAAGAAAUUAGAUGAAUCGAUUUAUGACGUUGCUUUCCAUCCAUCAAAAGCAUAUAUUGCCAGUGCAGGGGCUGAUGCCCUUGCCAAAGUAUUUGUGUGAAUCAACAAAAACUCACAUCUUAACAACAAAUUUGCUUGGACAAAAAGAGGGUCUGCAUCACUGCCAUCUGAAAGGUUACUGAUAUGACACUACAUGUGAUCUGCUUGCUGAAAACUAUUCAAGGCAGGCAUAAAUUGAUGGAAAUCACAUCUUAAUGUCAGGCUCAUUAAUUUAACUGUAAUUACUGUAUCUUGUGGGACAAAUAAAAAGGACUCCAUUAUUUGUGGCCUGUACUGGAUAUGAACUGAGCGUAUGUCUGUUUUUUAGGUAUCUUUAAGCCAAUGUGGAGUCUGAUCUUACAAAAGACUUUUAUUUUGGACUCUGUGUGCUGCCUUAGGGUUAGGAAUGUGGUGCUCUUGUUGGGGGGGGAAGUGAGCUCCAAGAGUAGCUUUUUUUCAUCUCUUAGUGAUUUUUCUGUUUAUCAGUUGAAUGCCACAGAUUCCCUUUUAAACUUAUUUUGCUUUAAAAAAAAAAAAAAGAAAUAAAAUUUAACUUAAAAUAUUUUAGCAUUAGUUGCACAAAAUGUUUGGAUAAAAUUCUAGUUUUUAUAAGUCUUUUUAUAUAUUUAGCCUGUCACAACAGUGCUCAAGAUUGUAUUGAAGUUUUUCUGCAUUAUACAACCCUAAAACACAGAGAUCUCACUGACCCGCUGCCGUGUAACCACACUUUUUCCUUCUUUUGCCUAAUACAGCUCAGCUAAGUCCUUCCAUAAAGAUGCUAAAUCACCUUCAUCAUCACAUAAUUGUCUUCAUAUACCAAGGACUAUUAAGUGUAUUAAAAUGAAACAGUGGGGUUUAAUACUCCAAAUGAACUCUUUAAAAAGAAAAAAAAAAAAACUAAUCUUGGCAUCCUAUCACUAUGUGAUAUUUUGUACAUCUUACUGUAUUUACAAGUUUAUUUAUCAAGGAUUAUCCAUCUUGCUAAUAGCCUAUUAUUUAUUUCACUUUUUGUUGAUCUUUAUAUCCUUUUAUUAAUGUGCUAAAGGAACCUGUAUAUCUAUUUUGGAACUCUUUGAAUAGUCUAAAAUAGACUAAAAAUUGAAUAUUUUAUAGUUUAAGUUACAAACCAAGGUGAUUUCCCCCAUAUGCAUAUCUUGGUUUACCAUGAUUCCAAACAAAAACUAUCUUGUUUAAAAAUAUUUGGAGUAAAAUUUUAUUUGCAUUACAAAUAGGAUACAAAAAUAGUUGAAUCAGGAUACAGAAAUCUGUGUUUGGAUUAGUUAUCCCUGUUUUAUUUUUUCAGAUGUGCUUAAUUUUAUGGUGUAACUAAAGAUUUUGUUUGUGUAAUGCAUGAUUAAGACAAUAAAGUAUUUUUUCUAGUCUUCCAAAAACUUUUCUGAUCAGUUUGCGAGUUUUGAUGAGUUUUGUAAGGUUUUUGUUUUACAAACUAUGAAUCAGCAAAUUUUUAAGAUUGUACCACAUAGCAAACGUACAGCUGUUGAAAAAUAAUGUAUAUAAAAUGCAUAUAAUAAAUAUUAAAUUGUGUACCUGUAUGUUACUGUUGGCUACAUUAUUUUGUGUUGAUUUAAUAAAGUGCAAUACUUUACUCUCCAUCAUUAAACUAGGAAAU